UCAGCCGUUAACCGCCCCCACUGCUGCCGAACAGGAGCCGUGAAGAAGCAGCCGGAGCGACAGACUGUGGGCUAAGUUUGUCCGCCCUGGCUUUCCAUCACGAGUCGACGGGGCUUUGUUUCAUUGAUGAACAACAGAACAAACCGUCGCUGGCGUUUUAACAUUCACACCAAAAGUGGAGGCGUUAGAGACGGUCAAGCACGCUCGUGACACUCCGGAUAAUUUGAGAGGGACACAAAAAGAAAAGAAGAAGAGAGGAAAGGAGGGAGGGAGAGGGAAAAGUGCGGCGGUGGACAAAGUUGACACUUCGCUGUCAUGUUUGGUACUUGUUGAAUAGGCUGUGUGUACAUCCACAACACUGGAGGCUGUGUGGGCAGCGUGCUGCGAACAGGGUCUUGUGUAUCACCAUGAGGCUGUGACAGAUCAAGCACAAUGAUGGCAGAGCUGGAAAUUGACCAGUCCAACCUUCCACGUGUCCAAGAAGUGUGCCAGUGUUUUGCAGUGCUGGAGGAUGGAGUGUUAGCACACAACCUGCAGGAACAGGAGAUCGAGCAAUACUAUACCACCAACAUCCAGAAGAACCAGCUGGUGCAGAAUGACAUCCGUGUAGCCAAAAGGCUGCAGGAUGAGGAAGAAGAGGAGCAGGCCCAGCAGAGCAGCGUCCUCAGACAGGCCUCAAGACAACUAGAGGAGGAGGACUUUGAGUAUGCUCGCAUAAUUCAGGAGGAGAUCCAGCGUUGUGCCGAGGAGGCCCGUAGGAGGGAGCAGGAAGAUGAGGAAAUAGCUAAACGAAUGCAGGAAGAGGAGAUGCAGAGAAUCGCAAGAAGGAGCAGAGGGCAGGAGGACCAGAGCGAAGGCUGCGCCAGCGAUCCUGCACUGCUGUCCACACACCAGCACACACUCAGCAACCAUCACCAAGGAGAGGAGCAGUACUCAUCUACCACCACCAGGUGGCAAUGUUCUACCUCUCAUAACCAUUCAGACUUAACUGGGCCUCAGGCUGACUGCCCCAGGGGGGUAGCAGCACAGAAAAAUACAACUUCAUGGUCAAAUCAAGGACAUAGAGAUUCCAUAAGGGAAAUCAGGAACGAAUUGAGAGAGUGUUUGAGUGAGGAUUCAGAGGACUCGGACACAGUUUUCUCUGAACAGCUCGCUGUCUGGUCCCGGAGACUGAAUGAAAGACAUAACACGGCACCUCCUCGACGGCAGGUAUCUUUACAUCAGCCGCAGGAGAGAAACUACAGAAGUCUUUGCUCUCGCAGCAGCUUCACAAAUGAGCCCAGAGGCUUGGAGGAGGAAAGAGGAAAGUGGAAUGAGAACCGCUAUAAAAAUAGUGACCUCGAGAAGAGGAGGCCUAGGAUUUGGGAUCUGGAAAGGAACAAUAUAGAGGAGUAUGAAGGUUUGCACAGAAGUAGAGGCCACGAUAGAGACUCUAGCGUAGCCGAGGUAAGAGAAAGGCGAUGUAGUCGCAGUGAAUCUGUCAGGCUACCUGACAGGAGCAGACACGGCAGCAGAGACUUGGCGAGGUCCUGGAGCUAUAAGGACAACCCUGACAAACAUGUCCAUUUUCAGGAGAACACCAGGAGCUCUAACAGGCAUCAGGAUGAAACCAGCCGAGUGUGGGAGAUGCUGGGCCAGGUCCUCCAAGAGAGGGGUGUGCCUGUGAGGUUUAGUAACAGCGGGGUGCAGCUACAAAUAAGAGCUCAAAGCAGAGACAGCCAGGUGCUUCAUGGGAGUGAGGUCUCUUGUGGUGACUCCCAACCACAUCAGAGAGUCUUCCAGAGAGCUGCCACCACCAGGCACAGUUUCCAUGGAGAUAUCAGGGAGAGGAGGAGGUUGACAUACCAAGAGAACAGUGGGAGAGAUCACAGACAAGACGGAGACUGGCACCGUAGUAACAGGGAGCAUGAUGGAAAUGUUUAUGAGAUUAGUAAUCGAGACCCAUAUCUUGAUAACAGAGAAGGAGGAAGCAGUAGAAGGUAUAAAGAGCACGGAUACACUAUCAGUGACAUGAGGGAGAGGAAUGCAAAUGAUUGCAGGGUCAAGAGGACAACAAGCGAGCGCAGGCACUGGCACAGGACCAUAGAAGAAAGGUUAAGCUCAGAGGAGGAGCAGGAGGUGGAGAGGAGAGUAGAGCGGCCCCGUCGAAGAGCCCCACAGCGUAGCCAAAGCUUCAGCAGCAGCGGGGCUUCAACCAGGGAUAGGUCAAGGCACGUGGCAGCAGGAGCGUCACUGCAACCAGAGCCAGGUGAGGCAAGCCUGGACCUGGGGGAGCUGCAGCAGGUCCUGGAGGAUGAAGAACUAGCUCACAGGCUGCAGGAGGAAGAGGAGAAGCUGUUGAGGAGGAACUCGCAGCCCUCUCCAAGUAGCUCGUACCCAGAGGGAGAUUUCAGAGUAGCACAAGUGGCGCAGGAUGAGGAAAUUGCACGCUUUAUGCAGAAGCAGGAAAUGAAGUCGAAGCGAAGAUCUCGUGAGCUCGAAGGGCCAGCGUCAUGGCGCGAGCACAGAGCGAUGAUCAAUCAUCAUGACAGACGAGCUGCAAGAGACAGACCGGUCCAGCGAGAGAGGCUUGACUCAGAGGGCCUUCCUUCCCCCACUGAGGACUGCUCCCCAGAGAACCAGCCACCCAGCCCCUUCUCCACUAUACCACAAGGCCAGCAGAUCAGAAACAUUGCGGAGGAGCUGGACCCGACCUUCCAGGCCAGGAGGCAAGGCACAGAGAGCCUCAGAGUGGGACAAGCAGGCCCGACUUGUCAGUCACUUCCCGUGCCUCAGUCUGGCUUACAUGACCUCCUGGAGGAGCCUACUUUCAUCCCACCUACAAAACGGCAAACGGACAAAUCAGCACGCAUUAAACCCAAAGAGAAGAAGGAAAAUUGCAAGCAACAGUAAUUUUCAACACGUCGUGCUGUUGGAGUGCUUAUAUAUACUUUAUAUUUUAUAACACUAAAUACCAGUUCAGCUACAGAGUUGUCAUUACUUAUGACUUUAAGGUUGAAGCCAGCAGCCCCUAUUAGCACUUUAGACCAGUGGGACAAAGACAGAGAGAAGUGACAUUUUACAAUAUUUCUUCAUUAAGUGAAUAACGACAACACUUUGGACUCACACCGUUAUAACUUUCAAAGGGAAAAUUUAGGGUUAUUGAAGUAUUGUUUGAAUUCUUCAGUGUUAGAGUGUUUAAUUUAAACAGUAUAUCUUUUUUUAUUAUAUUUGUAACUUGUAUUUGUUUUUAUUUAGUUAAGCAUCAUGAACAUCCAUCCAUUAUCAUAACUGCUUUUUGUUUCGUAAUUUGCUUUUUGGUGGUGACGCAGCAGUCAGCACUGUGCCGCACAGCAAAAUAGGUCAAAACCACCAGCCAGCUCGUGUUUUUUCCCUUAAGUGGCAUCUUUAAAUCAAGUUGCCUGUCAGGUAGAAAAUCUAAAGUGGCCGGUGGUUCCCAACCCAGCGCCCUCUUUCUGUGGGGCGACCACACUAACCAUUGUACCACCGAAGAGCAUAAAAAAACAAGUAACUGUGAUAACCUUUGAACUGGAGUGACGUUUUCGGACAGGCCGCUUACAGACAUCCACUUUGCCAACUUAUCUUUACAGCAGUUUGGCAAGGCUCCAGCCAUGUUCACAAUGGUACAAUGACAAUCAAAUGAACUUAUUUGACCCUGAAAUGGAAAUCCCGUUUUUUAAAGAUAUCACAGCAAUCAUGAAAUUAUGCUCAGUUUUUUUGUAAUAGUCAGAUGUAACUAUAUCCUUUGGAGACAGUAUGAGGAACAAAGAUCCACUUAUUAGCUUUUUGUGUGUUUCAACUGUUUCUCACGGUCAUUCACAUCAGAAACCAAAGACGGUCCUUGAACUGAGAUGGAGGUCAAGUCUCUCCAUACACACAACCACUUGUUAUCAGGACUUCCCCACAUAGCUGGGAGAAGCGGUUAAAAAGCUCCCAACAAUUUGUAAGUGGACUUUUUAAGCCUAAAUUAUGUGGUACAUAUCCAACUUGUGUUUUUGUAUAUUUUGCCAGGUGGGUUUUUAUCAGUCCAGACACCAUUAUGAUGCCAGUUAACAUCAUUCAUCAUACUGAAUGGUUUCUCUAACAGAAGAUUUGAUUUUUAUGCACAUAUAAUCAGUUAUUGAUUUCAGGUUUUUGCUCUUUGUAUGUUCAUUUUACCCACAUUUAAAACACUCUUUGUUGUUUUUUGUUUGUUUUUUACAAAUGAAAUACACCACUGCUAAGGUGGACCACUAUGAAUGCAAUUGUUCUGUAAGAAAGUGCAACAAAUAAAAUAAAAAAAUCCCCAUUUU